AUGAUCAGCCCCGUCUUCGAGGAGCUCGCCGAGCAGCACCCCAAUGUGACCUUUUUGAAGGUCGAUGUCGACGAGUGCACCGAAGCGGCCGGUGACGUGAACGCGAUGCCCACCUUCCGCGUCAUCAAGAAUGGAAAGAAGGUCAAGGAGUUCAGCGGGGCCAACGCGGACGAGCUGAAGGCCAUGGUGCAGGCCCACGUCGCG